CAAAGCCUCCGGCGAGUUUCUCCGAUCCAACUCCCCGGCGGUUGCAAACCUCUCAUCAUCAGAACUGCUGAUCUCCCCCUCAAGUACAAUCUCGAUGAUGAAUGGUACCGUUAUCACAUCAACAGGAUGUCCAAGGUUUCUGGAAUCUUGCUCAACACUUUCGAGGAGCUCGAAUCGGAACCACUUCGAGCCAUCGGAGAAAAUAGUUUCUACAAAGAGAUAGAUACGCCACCGACUUUUCCGAUCGGACCAUUGGUAAAAGAAAUCGAACCGGUUUCCAGAAGUAGAGAAGAAUGUAUUAUGAAUUGGCUUGAUAAGCAGCCUUCGGGUUCUGUAGUGCUUGUGGCGUUUGGAAGCUUCGGGAGGUUAUGUGCAGAGCAGAUCAGUGAGCUAGCGUGGGGACUGGAGCUGAGUCAGCAGCGGUUUCUAUGGGUGGCGCGUGCAGAAGAAGAGAAGGAUCUUCCAGAAGGGUUUGCUGAGAGGACACGUGGGACGGGGAUGGUGGUGGAUUCAUGGGUCCCGCAGGUGAGGGUGUUAGGGCACGUGUCAACGGGUGCGUUCUUGUCGCACUGCGGGUGGAACUCGGUGAUGGAGAGUGUGUGCAACGGGGUGCCAUUGAUUGCAUGGCCACUUCACGCUGACCAGAUGAUGAAUGCCACCAUGAUAGCGGAGGAGAUUGGGGUGGCUGUGAAGGUGAAGGUGUUUGGGAGGGAGGAGAUAGGGAGAGUGGUGAGGGGUGUAAUGGAGGGUGAAGAAGGGAAGGCGGUGAAAGAGAGAGUCAAAGAGGUCAAAGAGAGUGUGUUGAAAUUGUUGGCCAAAGGUGAGUCAAGUUACGAGGCACUUGAUUCUCUUAUGCUUCAACACCGGAAGCUAAUCACAUGACAAAUUUAAUAUUAUGCAUCUAUUGAUUACGGGAGUGUUUGGUUUAGCAUUUUGAAAACACAGCAAGUAUGUUUAAUUUUUUUUUUAACGUCGGAACUUUUUAUAUGGUUAUUUUUUCUUUUUCUGAACGCAAAUAUUAUGCAUCUAUCGAUUAAAUCAUCCCAGCAAAGUUUGCGACUAUGUUACUCUAUCUACAAACAACAAUAAUCAGCAGAUAUAAUUAGACAAUUGAAUUAACUUUGAGUUAUUAAGACAGCAGUAUUUUUGUUCCCAAAUUUUAUAUUAUUUGGCUGCAUAAUCAG